GGCGUCACAAACAACAAAUGUUGUCUUUACAUUGUUCGGUAAUCGAUUGCUAAAACCAUCAUAGAGGAAUUUCUUUCUCUUUUUACAAAUCUGUAUUCACUCACACCAAAUUUGUUUUGAUUUAGUAACAGUGAUGAUUGAUAAGCAUCUUAAUGGCAACUGCAGCUUUCAAAUCUUCAUCUAGAAGACCUACAAGUUCAGCCUCCUCCUUUUCCUUUUUGAAAGAAAAAGAAACCAAGGAUCAUCCUAUUCCUACCUCACCAACCAGAAAGAAACCUACUUCUGCAAAUAAAUCAUCGCCGCCUAGAAGAUCAAGAAGCGUAAGCGCUGUUUCAAGAUCCAGUGCUGAAGCUGCCUCAUUAGAUUUCUUGAAUAAAAGAGACAAUCCUCUCUACUGGAGUUCUGUUUCUCCUCCUGAAAAGGAAAGUUCCGACAUUCUUUCUGCUAAGCCAAAGGCUUUGGAUUCCGAUGAUAGGAGAGGAAGAUCGGUCUCAAGAAACGCAAAUGUUUCCAAAAACAGUUUGGGGAACAAAAAAGACGCUGCUAGGAGUCUGUCCAGGGUGGACGAAGGGCGUCGCCGCUCCUUGUCCCGGGGUCCCGUGGCCAGGACUUAUCCCUUCAAUUCCGAGAGUGAUGUUGAACCGGGAGGUAGUUUGUUGACAAAGUAUAGAAAUAUAAAUAGAAGUGAUUCAGGUUGGAAGAGUAAUUUAGUUGGAAGCAGUUGUGAUUCGCUCCAACAGAUUCAGAGCUCGAGGCCGCGGUCUCGUCGGUCUGCCUCAAAUUUGUCUUCUUCGCCAACAUUGAGUUUGGAAGAUGGGAUUUUGGGAAGCUCAUUCUCUGAAGCUAAAGAGAGGACUAGUAUAGCAAUUUGUGAGCAAACGAAGUCAUUCCAAGACUGUGACUUGGGAGGUGAUGCUUCUGCUCACAUAUAUGAAACAGUUAGAUCUGAAGUGAGACGUGCUAUUGCUGAUAUCCAAAAUGACCUUGAAAAUGCUAUCCGAAGGAGUAAUGCAACUGCCAUUGCAACCACCAAUGUGACUGAUAUUCCUCCUGACUUGGUCAACCCAGGUGCGGUUGAAUUAGUUUUGGACAUCAGAAGCGAAUAUGAGAAUAAGCUUGAACAGUCCCAGGCACGUGCUAGGAAACUUCGAGCUGACCUAGCUGUCGAGGAGCACCGUGGUUUAGAGAUAAGUAGAAUCCUUAAGGAAGUACUCCCAGAUCCCAAGAGUUCAAAUAUGCAGAAAUCUCGUCCCAGGAGAAAGUCUAGCAUUGAAAGAAGGAAGAUGUCAAAAAGAUUAACCGAAGAAGCUAUGACUUAUUUUGAUGAAUGUGUAUCGCUUUCAACUUUUGAUAGCUCUGAUUUCUCAUCGCAAGAGGAUCCACCUGUGAGCUUAGUUGGCACUGGUGCUCCAGUUGAUUGUCCAUCAUUUGCCCAAGCAAGUACUAGCAUUAAAGGCGACCACUUACGCAAGAGUUGGCCUAAUGAUAAACAGGAAUGGGGCAGUACAUGCAGUCAUGGUACACCAAGACCAUCAGCCACCAUCAGUAGUAAGGAGUGUAGUCCUGAUGAAAUCAUUACAAAAACCUCUGAAAGACAUUGGGGUAAUAGGUUUCAGUUUUCUUUUUCUCACAAUCAAAAUGGUACAUUUGGAUUUCAGCAUGACAUUGGGAAGUAUAUCAAAAGUUUUGAGAAAGACAGCAAGAAAGUUAAUAGCAUAAAUUCUGAAAUUUUAAGAUCAAACAACAGUGAUCUGGAUGAAUAUAAUUUGAAGGCCUCAGCACAAAGCUUGUUAUUUGACAGGGUAUUUUUUAGGAACCAAACUGAGUAUGGUAAAAUGUUACUAUGCGGUGGUGGUCUCACGAUUUCUUUAUCGCCUUUUGCCUCUGUAAUCUAAAUGUCUGUUUUUUAUCAUGUAAGUUGUGACUAUCUUACAUCAGUAUUUGUCAUUCAUAGAAUUGUACAUCAGUUGAUACCUAAAAGAUGAAGCUGAAAAGAAGCCACCAGCUAGUUUCAUUUGUUGCAUCUUUGUGGAUGCUCAAAACUAUUUAUCAAUAACAGGGGACUGAAAAAAUAGUCUGCAUGUCCAGGUAAUAAAAUGUAUGCAAUUUUAUCCCCAACCUCUCAUCUGCCCAAAGAACUGCCUAAAGUUGCUGGUAUGUUAAGCAAGUUGUUAACAAUAUGCAUGUAUUAUUUUUGAGAAACUUACCCACAACGUCUAUUUACACCUGAACAAAUAUUCUUAGAAAGCAGGAAGAAAAGAAAAAAGAAAAGAGGGAAUCUUGGUUCCUUAGAAUUGUGAAAAUAAAAAACUUGUAACAUCGUGUAAUAAGAAGCUCGUGAGAGAUGCAUGCAGUCAAAUGGUUCAUUAAACAAAAAUGUGCAGAGUUACAAAUGAGAUCAUUAGAUUUAUUAAUUUUUGAGCUA